CUCACAUCUAAACUCAAUCUUCUUCAAUCUCCUUGCAUAUGUUAUCUUCUCUACCAUUUUUUUCUCUUGAGAUUUCUUCAUCACCAUGGGCAAAGACAAGGGCAGGGCUGCUACCUCCGGGAAAUCUAAGUCUAAAUCCCGGGCACCGUCCACAAACUCCAAGGAGCGCCUCUACUACGGCGACGGAUCGUAUCUCUGGUUCGAUUCCGAGGAGGAGCGCACCCGUUUCCUCACUUUCUUCUCUAAACGGGUUGUGGCUCCCCCGCGAAUCGUCCCGGAGCGCUUCCCCGAGCUGCAGGGCUACAACGAUUUAGACGCGCAGCUCCAUCAAACCGGCCUAUGGCCGUUCGUCUCCCGGGCUCGGAAGGAAAUCAACCCGGCGCUGAUUCGGGUCUUCUACUCCAACCUCCGGCGUGAGGACGACGUGCUCUACUCUCUUGUCAAGAGCACGCCGAUUGAGCUUUCCGUUGAGCAGCUUGGGCACAUCGCCAGCCUCCCCUACCAAGGCGACGACCUCAUCCGCCAUGCCUCGGGUCGCCCCACCAUCCACUCCGCGAACCCCAAGAGCCGACUCCUUCUCUACAUUGUGUCCCGAAUCAUCAAGCCCCGGAAGCAUGGGCACACGAUCAUGUCCGGUGAGGACCUCAAACUCAUCCAUGCGAUCAUGCACACGGCCCCAAUCAAUUGGGCAAAGUUUGUCAUGAUCAACAUGACGGUCGCCGCGUCCACCGACCACGAUCACCUUCUCCCGUACCCGUUCGUGGUGAUGGACAUCCUUGAACGGUUCAAGGUCACCACCACCGUUGGCCCGCUCACGAAGGCCACGAAGCUUUGGACGAUCAGCGCCCAAACCUUCACAAAGCGGUCGGACAACGCCGCGCCUGCCACUGCCGCGCCACGCCGCACUGCCACUGGCCCAGCCAAACCCCAGGCCCGGGCCAACCUAGCCUCCAUCGCCGACUCCCUCACCCGGCUACACUUCAAAGUCAACGGGAUGGACGGGUACCUUGAACAGCUAGACGAGGCUGUCCAACGUCAAGGAUAUGCUAUGAACGCGUACUUCCAACGCGUUAACUACGUCCCCCCACCGUACCACGGCACGUUCUUUGGGCAAGUGUACGGUGACGAGGACGAAGACGAUGACUCCUACGCCCCGUCAAGCUCCCCGGAUGAAGACGAGUUCGACGAUGCCAUCGAUGGGGAUGAAAUGGACGUCGACGACGACGAGGAGGAAACCGAAGACGAAGACUAGGACUCCCCUAGAUUUUCUAUCUCCCUUCUUUCAAUUAUCAUGUUUUUUAUUGCUUCCGUUGUACUCUGCCUUUUCCCUUUAAUAAAUAAAAUUAUCCUUUAUCUUUUUGUUUAUGUCAAAAGGGGGAAGAAAAGGGCUAUGCAUAU